GAAUGAUGUCAUGUGAGGAGGGAUCUCUCUGGUCCUGAUGAGAGGAGAUGCAGAUGUCUCCUCAUCUCGGCUCUGUCUUCUCCUCAAUGAUUCCUGGCUGCACACACUAACAUCAGGCCUCCAUUCCACAUUCCAAGCCCUGGCUAUUGUCUGUCUGCUGACACUUCACAUCAAUGGUGACGGAGCAGAGGAGAAGAUUGUACGCCUCAAUGAUUCCCUCCAUCCUGUGUAUACUGGGGCUCUGGGUUCAGGGAACUUCCAUGUUUCAAGUGGUGGUGACUGAUAGCAACCUUCUCAUCAUGUCAUUAGAAGAAUCCGAUUUAAUGCCCUCAUCUGUCUAUGUUGCAAAAAUCACUGGCGAGUCAAAGAGUUAUUUUCUCCAGUUUGAAGAAUCCAAUAGUUCACUGCCCAAACCGCUGAUGUUUAAUGCCAGUUACCAUGACCAUUUUUACACAGUGACCCUGAUGGUGGUAAACUCCAACUUGACUUCAAGACCAGCCAGAUCUGUGACAGUGCUGACCAAACCUCUUUCAGUAAGCCAAAUUUCAGUCCAUGACUACAAACCAUCUCCAGAAACCGGAGUUGUCUUCGAAGUUAAAUAUCCAGAGAAGUUUAAUGUCUUCAGCAGAGUAAAUAUCAGUUACUGGGAAGGCAACAACUUCCGUUCUGUGCUUUAUAAAGAUUUCUUCAAAGGCAAAACUGUGUUUAAUCACUUGAUGCCAGGGAUCUGCUAUUCUAAUAUCACCUUCCAGCUGGUAUCAAAGGCCACCUUCAAUAAAACCACCUUAGUUAAAAGCAGCGGAGUAGGACAUGAGCCACAGCAACACCGGACAGCACCUUAUCCACCUCAAAAUAUUUCCAUACAAAUAUUCCUUGUAAACCUUAGCAGUUUGGAAGAUCCAGCUGAAAGAACUGCUGUAGAAACAUCCACAACAGAAAUCAAACUCAUCAACCCCACCGAGAAGUCAGCAGAAAUGUUUGAUGAUCAGUCUGAGAGCUCAGCAGCUAGUUCCCCUUAUAACUGGACUGAAGAGAAAAAUCUAGGUAACAGCUCUGAAACAACAGCUCCCCCCUACUGGUGGGUCAGUGAGACUGCAACAGUGGAUGUUGAAGGGUUUGUGAACGAAAUCCCUCCAGACUAUGAGAAUCCCACUUCAGUAAGUUUCUCCGCUGAAACUGUCCAAGAUCCUCUUCUUCCACCCAGCUUUAAAGUCUCAAUCAGCUGGUUCCCACCAAAGCCACCAACUGCAUUUGAUGGUUUCAACAUAUAUAUUCACAAGGAUGGAAAUGUGACGUUAAUCUCUAGUGUGGAUGAAAAUACUCAUGAUUUUGUAACAGAACUGAUGGAGCCAGGAAAAUACACAUUUACCAUAAGAACAUUUAGCUCUUCUGGAUCUUGUGACACUAGAGAAAGCAGUGAUGCCAAAGCACUCAGCUUCUAUAUUAGUCCUGACGGAAAAUGGUUUGAGGAACUGACAGAAAAACCAAAGAAUGUGACCGUGAGCAUCUUUAAUUCUACAGCAGCAUUGGUGUUGUGGAAGUCCUCCCUGGAAGGCAAUAGUGAUGCUAUUGUGUCUGUCCAGUCACUGACAUGCCAGAAGCAGAAGGAAAGUCAGAGGCUGGAGAAAUAUUAUUGUAAGGAGGUCAAUUUAACCAGCAAUGUCAUCACAAACUUAUUGCCUGGUGCCCAGUACAGGGUGGUCGUCUACCUGCAAAAGGCCCCAUUAAUAGGACCCCCAUCAGAUCCUCUUCUCUUUUCUAUUGAACCAACUGGAAUAAAGGAUUUGGUACUGUACCCCUUGGGACCAUCAGCUGUGGUGCUGAGCUGGAGUCGCCCAUAUUCUGGAGUCUUCCGGAAAUAUAUUGUGGAAAUGUUUUAUUUUAACCCUGUGAGCAUGACAUCAGAAUGGACACCAUAUUAUGAAAUUGCAGCAACCGUUUCCUUAACAUCCACAGUGAGACUGACCAAUCUACUUCCUGCCUGGUACUAUAACUUCCGAGUGACAAUGGUGACAUGGGCAGAGCCAGAGCGCAGCUGCUGUGACACUUCCACUAUAAGCUUUAUAACAGCUCCUGUGGCCCCCCGCAUCACUCAGGUGGAAUAUGUGAAAACUCUGCUGUAUAUCACCUGGCGAUAUGGUGACAAAACCUUGGAUCUUUCACAUUCUCGAAUGCUGCACUGGCAGGUGACAGCAGAAGGGAAGAAAAGGAUAAAGAAGAGUGUUUCCCGCAAUAUGAUGACAGCAGUAAUGGCACUACCAGCCGGAGACAUCUACAAUAUCACUGUCACUGCCUUCACUGAGAGGAGCAGCAACUCAUCACUUCCGUAUGUGGUGAAACUUGAUCCAGCUCCUCCAAAGUCCCUAUUUGCCGUGAAUAAAACGCAGACGUCUGUCACUCUGCUGUGGGUGGAAGAGGGAUUUUCUGAUUAUUUUGACGUUUUCUGCCGACGUUCUGACAUGGUACAGAGUGAAUAUGACAAGGAUGCUGUGGUGGUUUCCUCACAUGUGGUAACAAUAUCCAAUCUACAUCCUGGCACAUCUUACAACUGCAGCAUCACCAGUGUCAGCCAUCACAGUGCCAGCGUGCCCACCUUCAUUACCGUUUCUACACUGGUUGAUGAAAUGAAUCCAAAUGUCGUGGUGAUUUCUUUGCUGGCUGUGCUGAGCAUUCUCCUAAUCGGACUCUUGCUAGCCACUCUAGUAGUCCUACGCCGGAAACACCUCCAAAUGUCACGGGAGUGCGGAGCAGGAACAUUUGUAAAUUUUGCCACUCUGGAGAGAGACGGAAAGCUUCCAUAUAAUUGGCGUCGAAGCAUUUUUGCUUUCCUAACCCUCCUGCCCUCGUGUCUGUGGACUGACUACCUCUUGGCUUUUUAUAUUAAUCCAUGCGUUACCCGAAUAUUUUACCAGAGAAGUAGUGACGUUUGUCUGGAAUCGCAGUGUCCAGUUAGGAACAAGAAUGGAUUUAAGAAACGUAAACUGACAAACCCAGUUCAGUUGGACGACUUUGACUCUUACAUGGGGGAUAUGUCAAAGGAUUCUGACUAUAAAUUUUCUCUGCAGUUUGAGGAACUAAAAAUGAUUGGUUUGGAUAUAGAGCAUUGUGCUGCAGACCUUCCAGCCAACCGCUGCAAGAAUCGCUACACAAACAUUUUGCCGUAUGAUUUCAGCAGAGUAAAACUUGUCUCCACAGAUGAGGAAGAAGGAGCAGAUUACAUCAAUGCAAACUUUAUUCCUGGAUACACCUCUGUACAGGAAUACAUAGCCACGCAAGGGCCCCUGCCAGACACCCGCAAUGACUUUUGGAAGAUGAUUCUGCAGCAGAAAUCCCAAGUUAUCGUAAUGCUGACUCAAUGCAAUGAAAAGAGACGGAUAAAAUGUGACCAUUACUGGCCCUUUACUACAGACCCCGUCAGCUAUGGGGACAUCAUGGUGGAGAUGGUAUCAGAGGAUGAGCAGCCGGACUGGGCUUUCCGUGUAUUUCGAGUGUCACAGGCAGAUGAUGCUCAGCAUGUUCUGCAUUUUAACUUUACUGCAUGGCCAGACCAUGGCGUCCCAGCAAGCAGUGCAGCAGAAAGCAUCCUCCAAUUUGUAUAUAUGGUGAGACAGAAAGCAGCCAAAACCAAAGGACCUAUCACAGUGCACUGCAGUGCGGGAGUUGGCCGGACCGGAACCUUCAUUGGCCUGGACCGGUUAAUGCAGCACAUCCGGGAUCAUGAAUAUGUUGAUGUUCUGGGUCUAGUGGCAGAACUCCGCUCAUACAGGAUGUGCAUGGUGCAGACAGAGGAACAAUUUAUUUUCAUCCAUCAGUGUGUUCAGCUAAUGUGGAAAAAGAAAAAGCAGCAAUUUCGAAUCAGUGAUGUCAUCUAUGAAAAUGUCAGUAAAUCGUAGAGGAGAUGUCCUUGUGACAAACGUACAAUCAGCCAUCUUGCCUAGUUCCAGACUUUCUUUUCUGACUCGUCCAGAAACCAGAAUUGCAGCCUGACACGGGGCUGCCAGUUAAAGACUCAGCCUUAAAACCUGAUGUGUCUUUUGGACAUUUCUUCCAUGAACUUUUCUAUUUAGAACUGGACCAAAUGUAACCACAAGGAAUGGAGGAUGCUGGACAAGGACGGGAUGGAAUGGAUGUUGCUGGAAAGGCUUUCUAUGAAAUAAAGUGAGUUUGGCAGCCAAUACCUCAUUAUACACAAGGAAGAAAUGAUGGAGAUAAACUUCGAUAUAUCAUCUAUUAUCCCAUCAGGCUGGAGGCCUCUUCCACCUGUUGCUCUAAAUAAAGCCAAGUUCGUUUUGUUUCAUGUUCGGAGCGUUGGACAUCUGUGUAACGGGCGAUGUGCACUGUGCAGCUCUAGUCAUCAGAUUGUGUUAGGUGACCAGUAUCGGGGGGAGGGUGAUGAGCCCAGGAUCACAGACACCUCACUGUCGUGUACUUUCUGUGUCACCGCAUUCAUGUAUUCAGCCAGGAUCUAGUUGUUGAGUGUAAAAACUGUUUGAAACAGAAAAUGAAUUUCUAUGAUGUUGUGGGUAUGGGAACAGGCAAAUUGCACAUUAAAUCAGUGACAGACAAUAUUUAAAUGAAGCCUCUCUGCUAAUUUCUUUGGGUUCUUUUUGCAGCACAUACAGGGGCUUCUAUUAAACUCUGCAAUCACAUUGU